AUGUCAUGUAAGUCUCGUCCCCUCCUCCCCACCGCCCACACACGCCUCUCAAGCAAAAGCGUACUGACAGGCCUCGUCUCACCCUCUCUCUCUCUCUCUCCAGUCCUCAACACCACAUCCACAAUAUGCCACAGCUCCACGCUGCCAGAGGGCGUCACCCGCGAGCAGGCUAUCGCCAUGCUGCAGGACCACCACUUCUUCCUGGAGUGUGACCUGCACAUGAUCCACUUCGAGCCGCUCGCCGAGCCCGAGGUGGCCCUCACCGUGCCGGACGGCAUCGAGGCCACGGGCGAGAGCAAGGCCUACCAGGUGACCGACCUGGUGCACACCCUGCCCGCCGGCCUCUGGGACUCCAACGUCGUGAGCACGUACGAGAUCACCAACAAGGCCGACGGCAUCUUUGUGCGCAUCCGCAGCCCCAUGUCCAUCGUCAUGGACACGGUGUGGACGAUCAAGGAGGCUCAGGCCGAGGGCCAGACCGAGGCCCAGACCGAGGCCGAGGGCGGCAGUGCCAGCAGCAGCAGCACCGGCGGGCUCGAAUUGGAGGAGGCCGUCGAGAUCAACUGCUCCAGGCUGUUGAUGGGUACGGUGAGGAAGCUCUGCGAAGGCGGCUGGAGAGAAAUACACGCCAAGAUGCUUGACAGGCUGAGGAAGGAGGUGGGUGCCGUCGCUGGUCAGAACGGCCAAGCACCAAGUAAGGCUGAGGCUGGCUCUGCGGAAGCCAACUAG